CUCAGGAACAGGAUAUACCAACCACUUGUCCACACACGCACACACACACACACACGCACGCACACACGCGUGACACAAUCCAUUCACACAAGGACAAAACACAACAGGGCGGGCCGACAGCCGACAGAUAACGAUCUAUCCAUCCAACACUCUAUGCCCCCCUACCUGCCUGCCUGCCUGCCACCCAAACCUGUCCAUGUGUGCAUCUCAGGUCAUCCCCAGCCGUCUGAAUGUCUCCCUGCCGUCCCGGCCCUUGUCGACCCACCCCACCGCCCCCCACUCGACGGCAGGCACAUCCGUCGUGAAGCCGUUGUCGAUCUCCCCCACCAGCCCCCACUUGGCGGCCUCGUCCAGGAUGGCCCGCUGCACCACCUCACGCAACUCCAUCUUGCGGCCACCCACACCGCCCACCACAAAGCACUGCAGCUGCGGCACCGUCACCUUGAGUCGCUUGUCGCCCUGCUGCUCAUACCUCGUUCCGCCCACCACCUCCCUGUUGCUGCUGGCCUGGUACACUGCCGACUUGACAAAGUGCUCCGCUGCCGCACACACACGGCGGGCCAUGUCGCUGUGCCGCACACGGAUGGCCUCACUGAUGGCCUUCUGGGCGGCAUCCAUGUCGAAGAGGUAUGACGCGAUGCGCCAGCCGAAGAUGGCGGCCUCCUGCGGGCCGACGGCCAGCCGGGGGGUCAGGAGGGCCGCGAGGGAGCGGUGGGGGGCGAGGGCGGCGUUGACGGCCGACAUGACGGGGGGACCGAGCUCGUUGAGCACCGUGGCGUACUCGGUCAGCACCAGCCGGCGGUGGCGGCGGUCCCUGUGUGUGGCACUGGGGAUGCUGCUGAUGUCGCCUCCCACCCGCAGCAGCGAAUGGAUGAUCCGCUUGUACUUGUCACUCUCGGCGCGACACUCCUCCCUGAUGGCCCAACCACUGUAGUCAUCAAGCUCUCUGGCAGCCCAGGCGAGGGGCGUCUCGCCGCGGCUGUCCCGUCUGUUGAUGUCGUCAGCGGCGGGCAGCUUGCGGCAGAGGUAGCCGGCCACCUUGGGAGAGCCAUACCAUGCCGCGUAGUGCAGUGGCGUCCAUUCACCGCCGUCGUCUGCCGUCAUGUCGGCCCCGUUCGCCGUGGUGAGAUCCAGGUAGCUGUCGAUGAAGGACUGGGGGUAGUGGCCCAGUGCGUUGAUGGCUGCCGUGUCCACCAGGCUGUUGCCGUUGUCGUCUCGUUCGGUGGCGAGGGUGUGGUCUCGUUGGAUGAGUUGCUCAUACAUCGACAUGAGCCGCUGCAGAUACUCGGGGGGAGGCUGACGCAGGGGACGGGACAGCUCCAUCACCAUGUAUGGGCCUGGUGGGCGCAGGUCGAUUCCGGGCCGCUCUAUCAGCAGCUCGAAGGCCUUCUGAUUGCCGCAUGCAAUCGCCAAGUGGACGGGCGUCUGUUCGGUCUCGUCGGCUGCCGCAUUGGGGUUGGCUGCUCCGUCGAGGAGUGUGGUGAGGACGGCCGACUGCAGCUCGUCAGACGACCAGUGGGGCAGGGCGACGGGACGGCGAUCAUCAUUGUCGCCUUGGGCUAGGAUGGUCUCGGCGGUGUAGUCCGACUUGUUGUCAAUGGCGAGGGACAACAGGGGGUAGCCGUAGACAGCACCACUGCCCCUGCCCAGCCAGGGGAUGAUAUCCGGGUCGGCGCCCUGCUUGAUGAGGUCGGUCGCGUGCUGGGGGCUGGUGAUGGUGCGGCCGAUGACGCCCAAUGCCAGCUGCCUGGUGGCCUCGUUGGUGCCGCGGGGGAAGCGGGCCUCGAGCUCAUCGGGUCUCCAACAGCCGUCAGGAACAGUCACGCCAGAGGCCGCCACUAUUGGAUGGCCUGCAACACACACACAGCCACCACACGACACACACAGUGAAGGAAUGUGUGUGCGGAUCACAUUCCUUCCCGUCUGUCUGUCUGUCUCUUUGGCGUACCGUCCUCCUCAUAGCCGCCGCCGUCGCCCAGCCCACCGUCGUCAUCACUGUCGUCCUGCACACCGUCCUGCCACAACAAAGAGAAAAGAGUGAGGAAAACUGCUGACGCUCGUCGGAUGGGGCGGCUGGUGCUGUCAAUGAGUGACUUACCGAUUCGGAUUCGCUAUCAGCUGCCGCCUGUGGACCUUCUUCCUCCUCCGCCAUCUCGCCGUCCUCCUCCUCGGCCAUCUCGCCGUCCUCCUCCUCUCGCAACAAAUCUGAAACGAAGACAUACUAACACAUUCGUCAGCAAAGCGAAAAUGAGUGUGCCACUGGUGUGUUGAUCAGUCUGUGUGGCGUGCUGUUGACUCACCACUGGCAGCGUCAUUGUCGUCUUGCCCGUCUGGCUGCCCGCCGCCAUUGUUAUCCUCCUCAGCCACAUCGUCUGCACACACCAUCGAAGACACACACACACGUGUGGCGCUGAUGCUGUGUGUUUGAUGUGUCACAUUCAUCUGUGUGUGGCGUACCCGCAUCGCCAUCGUCACCGUCCGCCACGGCAGCGGAGGCCAUGUGGCUGUCGUGACCGUCGGACAUCUCACUAAAACAGACACCAACAGCUGCACCGACCACACACACACAGAGGCGACAAGAGAUGGGCAGACACCUGCUGCAUGUGUCGUGUGUGUGCUCGCCCACCUAGCUAUGAGUCAAAUGGUACAAAGGCGCUCAAUGAGUCCGCCCCGUCACCAAGGCCGACCUGCACAACACGACACCGACACACAAAGGCUGCAACUCACCUGACGACUACUGGUGAACGAAUCGCAUGAGCGCGUACCGUCGGAUGCCCAAUCACACACGCAGAU